GCUGAUCCGCUCAGUGUUCAAACGGUUCCCAAGCGAUUCAGAUCGGCGGAGAUAUAGCAAAGUCCGAGUCGAGUGUAAAUCAGAGAUAGUCAUUGUCGAAAAGCCGAGGGCCGCCAGAAACUAACGGCACACUCGAGACGAGAGACAGUCGAUAAGAUUAACGUCAAAUUUAAUUAAAAAAUAACUAAAACUAACGAAGAGCCAGGCACAACAAACGAUCCAUCGAUCGAUCGAUCUAUUGCAUCGUAUCGUAUCGUAACUCGAAUAUAUAAGUCUUAGCCUUAGAUAAUCAGGAACAGCCAACUCGAGUGGCACUCGUUCAAGUGAUUUGUGAUUGUGGCCAAGCCCUGGGAAAAGUGUGUGUGAUUUGAGUUGCACCAUCUAGCACCAUCUCAACAGGGAUCCAAGAUCCUUCAUUAAAAGAUGUACGUGGCCAACACUACUGGCGGCUUGAUGCUGCAGACCAUGCUGUAUUUGGCCAAUCACACCAGUCGUGCGGCCGUCAACACCCUGGUCGAUCUGCCACCAGCACCCAAAAGUGACAUCAACGAGGUGAAGUGCUUCGGGGUGUACGGCUGUUUUCCGAUCAAUGGGCCAUGGAACACGGUGACACGGUCGAUAAAUGUGCAUCCGCAGAAGCCAUCGGAGAUUGAGCCGCACUUCACGUUGCACUUGAGAAAGGAACUGGACCAGCCCAAGUACCUGGAUCUCAAUGAUCCGGACAGCGUGCAGGGCAUGGGCCUGGAUGCCAAGGGCAAGAUCUUCCUGCUGGUCCAUGGCUAUUUGGAAUCGGGCGAGAUUCCCUGGAUGUGGGACAUGGCGAGGGCGUUGCUGGCAUACGAGCCGGAGGGUAAGGCCGCCGUGGUCCUGAUCGAUUGGGGCGGUGGUGCGAGUCCGCCGUAUGUCCAGGCGGUCGCCAAUAUCCGGCUCGUGGGCGCAAUCACCGCCCAUGUGGUGCACAUGCUGUACGAGGAGCUGCGUCUGCCAAAUCUCGAUAAUGUGCACAUCAUUGGCCAUUCGCUGGGUGCCCAUCUAUCCGGCUAUGCGGGAUAUCAUCUGCAGCACGACUUUGGCCUAAAGCCGGCCAGGAUUACGGGCCUCGAUCCGGCAGCUCCACUUUUCACGGACACCGAUCCCAUCGUGCGGCUGGACAAGACGGAUGCCCAUUUCGUGGACAUCCUGCACACGGAUGCCAAUCCCCUGAUGAAAGGCGGACUGGGCAUUAAUAUGCGUCUCGGCCACGUGGACUUCUUCCCCAACGGAGGAUUCGAUAAUCCCGGCUGCAACAAGAAGUUCCAGGAUGUGGUGCAGAAGAAGACGCUGUUCCUGACCAUGCAGGAGUUCCUCAGCUGCAAUCACAUCCGCAGUCAGCAGUAUUUCACGGAGAGCAUCGGUUCGCAGUGUCCCUUCCUCGGAAUAACCUGUGAUUCCUUUGAGAGCUUCAAGGACACGAGGUGCACCAGCUGCGAGGAGCCGGGCCACACUUGUCUGCGAAUGGGCUACCACAGCCAGGAGGAUUACCAGGAGCAGGUGGAUCUGGGCCAGCUGCAGCAGGGUGAUUCACCCGGCGUCUUUUACCUGUGGACAGGUGACAGUAAGCCCUUCUGCCGGCUGCACUAUAGGAUUACGGUGCGAGUUUCCGGACAUGAUGAGAGUACGCUGCAUGGCGGCGAGGUGGGCAUCCUGUCCGUUCAGCUCCACGAUGCGCUGCAGAAGAAGGCAAGCGGCAAGAGGGAGCGAGCCACCACGGAGAUGAUGAAAUUCUCCCCGAAGGCCAUGUACUUUGAGCCGGGCUACGAAUACAAGGCCCUGGUGGCCGGACGGAAUCUCCGGGAACCGGAAUACGCCACCGUUAAUUGGGAGUAUCCCACAAAUAUACUGAAUCCACUCACCUGGCGCAUCCUUUCGGCGCCGCGAAUUUACCUCGAGUACAUCCUCAUCGAGGCGAUGGAGUCCAGCGAGCUCUAUCUAAAAUUGUGCCCCCAGCACGAGGGAGCCAUUCUCACGGGAGCCGAAAAUGUCCUGCGCUCCAGCUAUUGCAAGGAUUAAUAUCUAUCAAAUUAAUUAUGAACCUAAAUUGGUAAUUAAUUAUUUAAUUGAUUUGUAUGUGGUUUGAGUAGCCUAUUGAUUAUCAACCAGGGUAAAGUUUCAAUAUUUAUCUUUUUUUCCUGGCUUAUUCACUACCUACUUAAAAAUGGCAUAAUCUUAAUCACUUCAAUUAACUAAUUAAUUAUCUACUGAAUUCUGAAUUGUAUGUAAACUAUUUAAUUAAUUAAUUGGCUAAUUAAUAGCAAUUUAAAUCAUAUAGCUAAUUUAAUUAGCCAAUUAAUUAAGCAUUUAGUUAUCACUUCCUUGGCUGGACUGCUUUAUGUAGAAAAUCAAGUCAAGCAGUGCAGGUUCGCAUCCCCGCUUAGUUGUCUACACCAUGUAAACGCUGGUGCGUGUCUGCACUAUGACAACAGUUGAGAUCGAAAAGUGUUCCCACUUUGAACUUUAUAGCAACUGGCUGAGGAAGAACAGUUUGUAUUUUAUUAUAGUAUUUUAAUAGUUCGCAAGCGAAGCAAUCAUCAACCGUUAUUUAUUUUAUAAAAUAAUUUUUUUUCCAUUUUUUUUUUUGAGUAUAUUAAAUGUAUUUGUAGUUAUAGUACAUUGAUGUAGCCUAAUUUAAUGUAAAUAAAAAUACAAAAAUAUUAG